CCGGCAUCCGACCUCGCUGCGCCCAGGCGCGGGAAGCCGCGGCGGCGGGUGCAGAGGGCAUAGCCAGGCCCAGCGAGGCUCGCGUCGCCAUGGCGACGGCGACGGGCUGCUGUAAUGGCGGAGGAGGAGGGGAACGGCCAGGAUGGCGCUGUAGCUGAAAUGGAGAAAAAGAUUAUAGAAGCUUUUGAGGUGUUUGACCAUGAAGGCAAUAAAACUGUUCAUGUCAGAGAGAUUGGCUUAAUUGUCAGGUCACUGGGUUGCUUCCCAACUGAGGCAGAACUACAUGAGCUGCUUGCAAAGGUAGAAGAAGAACCACCAACAGGAUACAUUCACCUGGAAAAAUUUCUUCCAGUGAUGACAAAAGUCCUACUUAACAGAAGCUACCGGCCAAUUCCAGAAGAUGUUCUUCUACAUGCAUUUGAGGCUUUGGAUGAGAAUAAACGUGGAUAUGUUACUAAAGAGGAGCUAGUCAAGUAUUUGACUCAAGAAGGUGAGCCCUUUAGUCAGGAAGAAAUGGAGGACAUGCUGUCCACUGCUCUAGAUCCAGAAACAAAUACCAUUCGCUACAGAGACUACAUUUCAAUGUUGAUAGUAGAUGAAGCUUAAGACCUUCUCCUCUAAUGUUUGAGAGCUUUGUGUUAGCAGCAAGAUAGCCUGGCAGUUACCUGCAAUAUGCAUUUUAAAAUACAACAAAGCUCA